CAGCUUGCUAUUACAGUAAUUCUUUUUUUUUUUUAUAUAUAUAUAUACAGACAUAUACCAAUACUAGAAUCUGUUAAUAGAAUAUUCAACUUUUAAGCAAUGGCAAAAUAUGCAGUAAUUUGUGCAAGUAAUCAAAAUAGAUCAAUGGAGGCUCAUCAUGUCUUGAAUAAAAAGGGCUUCGAUGUACAUUCAUAUGGUACAGGUACAAUGGUACGUUUACCAGGACCAUCUAUUGAUAAGCCAAAUAUCUAUCCAUUCGGUACUCCUUAUGAACAAGUGUAUCAAGAAUUAAAAAAGCAAGAUCAAGCACUCUAUACACAAAAUGGGUUAUUAAAUAUGUUAGAUCGUAAUAGAAAAACAAAGGAAGCACCACAACGAUGGCAUGAUUCUCGUGAGAUAUUUGAUGUUAUUAUUACAUGCGAAGAACGUUGUUUUGAUGCUGUUGUCGAUGACUUGAGUAAUCGAGGACAAAAGUUGAAUAUGAGUACACAUGUUAUCAAUGUUGAAAUCAGAGAUAAUCAUGAGGAUGCUUUAUUAGGUGGUCGGGCUAUAUUACAGUUAGCUCAAAUGAUUGAAUCUUCAAAUGAUAUUGAUGCUGAUAUGGAUGGCAUCAUUGAAGAAUUCUCAUUACGUAAUCCAGGAUUUCCAAUUUUACAUACAAUAGCUUAUUUUUAAUAGUAUGUACAAUUAUUUAUUCAGAAAAUAAUUUCAAUAAUUCUUCCUUGUUCUUUUGUUUUAACAAUUGCUGAAAUGUUUGAUACUUUUUGUAUCUUUCAAUAUCGAUUUUAAUCUUUUUUUCAUUCUCUUCUUUUAUUGGUAAAGAUGACGACAUCUAAUUAUUAUGUAAUAAAUGAGUUAUUAUUAUAAACCAAAGUUAUUUUAGUAUAUGACUUACUGCUAUAUCGAUGAGAUUUGAAA